UUGGGCAACAGAAAAACGUCACUCCCUUGCGAUUGGUGUUUCUUCAACACCUGCAGUCUAUUCACAUACACACCAAUAUGACGUCAUGCUAUGUACAGUAUUUCGCUGACCCGGCCAUCGGACACAGCCUCAUACUAGAGUAAAGAUAGGGUUCUCAGUCAAAACACAAGCCUGACCCAGGGGUUCACAAUUCUAAACUGUACCGUACUGGACCAAACCCUAAACCCUAAAACGUGCCAUGAUGGAAACACAGCAUAUGUGUAUGUUCUGUCUGGUUUAUCUGUUUGGUGCAAGAUGGUCGGCCUCCAUAAAACAAAAACAAGGUCCUUGCCUAACUUACAAACUUACAAAUCUUGCCAUUUGCAUGGCAUUCACACCACGGGAUCACAGCAUCUUUGUGCUACAUCAACCGCCAGCGUCAUCGGCAUCGUCAUCGUCAAAGUGUUAAACUCAAGCGUUGGGAACGAUUGAUGCAUCGCACCGCUCACAAUAUUCGCACAUCACCACCUGGCCAACGCGAGAUUUGCAUCUAUUCAUGUCUGUGCAUUGACUUUGUAUGUAAACUACAGUGUGAACGCAGCAUAAAACUACAAAAAAAAGCCAAAGCGAUUAUACACUGAUGGACAGGAUAUUAAAAUUCUGCUAACAAACCCUCCAAAAUGUUCCACACUCAAACCUUUGAUGGAAUCUUAAAUGUCCAUAACUUUUAAAAGCCUGAAAAGGGAUUUUAUUAGUGCUUCAUGAGGUUCCGUGCAGACGUAAGUUGGGAAGGAGCCAAGUGUAAUUAUGAAUGAUCAAAGUGUCCUUGAAGAAGCACAGGUGGCUCCUGAUAAUGUUGUCCUGGACUUUACAGACGUCCUUGAAGCUUAUUUGUCCUCAAAAAGUUCCAGUGGUUAUUAACUGUGUUGUGUUUUCUUUUAGGGCCACUGAUUUUUGAUUCUGCAUUUAAUGUUGGAGGUUAAGUGUAAGUCAAGGGAUUUCUCUAAAGGUUCUAGCCAGUUGCUGCGUGAGGACAUUUUUACAGAUAAUAAUGAGUUAUAAUGAGAGAAACAGGCUGAGAUGGCACGGAUAUACCUGGAGAAUGUAGCAUGUUAAUAUGAUUAGUUUCAGUCAUUAGAUGAUGAGGAACAGACGGAGGCUGAGGCGAUCGUCACCAACACCACGCUCUCACUCCCUCAUCUCCACCGCCACAAAUUGAAACCUGUUCACUGAAAUGAAACAGCUCGGCGUGGACGUCUGUUUCCCCGACAGUCUCAUAUCUGCAGAGUGUUUGUUUUCAUUAUCCUCCUGAGGGACGUGUGUGUGUGAUGAACACUGCCAACAUCCACUCUGACUCCCCGCCUCCCCACACACACACACACACACACACACACUAUGUAUGUGAUCGCAGGACUUAUUCCUAUCUGUUCCAAAGGUCCGUAGUGAAUUAAGAAGGAAGACAUUUAAAUAUGCAUGUCCUUCUUUCUGGAACAAACUACAGGAUUGUCUGAAACUGAAACAUCUGGUCUCAUUAGACACUUUCGCUUUUAUCUAUUUAUGGAUUAGUUUGUACAAAUUCUGUCAAUAAACCCUCUUAAAUGUCGCACACUGGUCCUUUAACUUGACUGUAAUCUGAAGUAAAUUAUUCAGCAUACUUUAAUCUACAGUAGUUUGGAUUUUCAGCACUUCACCAGUGUAUUUGUUUCAUUUCUCACUGAAACUUUCUUCUCAUCAGUUUGUGUCAAAAGUUCAGAUGAUUUUCUCUCACCAUGAAGUGUUAGUGUUUGAGUGCAGCCAGCAGGGGGCGCCACAGCCACUUCACCACAUCAGCCUCAGUCACAGUGGCGCAGGUGGAGAAGCAGAAGAAAAGAAUUUCUGCGUAAUUGCGCACCGGAGUCCGGUGAAGUGCCCGUUACGCGGCGAUGGGACCGCAGCAGCGCGGGGUCCGGAGAGCAGCUCGGCAUUCAUGAGAGCCAGGUGGCCGCGCUGCUGUGGCUCGGAGCGGGACAGGAGCGGGAGGAGCCGGAGCGGAGAUGGCGGCCAACCUGAACCUGAGUGCGGUGAUGGUGGAGGCGGAGGAGGAGGCGCAGGUCCCGGGCACGGGGACAAUGAUGGGGACGGGGUACAACCUGCCGGCGCUGGUGUUCGGGGUGCUGCUGAUCGUGGUGAUCAUCUGCGGGAACCUGCUGGUUUGUCUGAGCGUGUUCAUGGAGAAGGCGCUGAAAACAACCACCAACUACUUCAUCGUCAGCCUGGCGGUGGCGGAUCUGAUGCUCGCGGUGCUGGUGCUGCCGCUCUUCGUCUUCUCUGAGUUUCAGGACGGUGUGUGGACGCUCAGCACGACCAUCUGCGACGGCCUGAUGACCAUGGACGUGAUGCUGUGCACCGCCUCCAUCUUCAACCUCUGUGCCAUCAGCAUCGACAGGUUCAUUGCCGUGUCAAUCCCUCUCAACUACAACAGGAAGCAUGUGGACCUGCGGCAGACCGUGUUGCUGUCGGCUACCUGGAUCCUGGCUCUGGCCGUGGCCUCCCCCGUCAUCUUUGGCAUCAACAACGUGCCUAAACGUGACCCCAGCGAGUGCAAACUGGAGAACGACGACUAUGUCGUCUACUCGUCCGUGUGCUCCUUCUUCAUCCCCUGUCCCAUCAUGCUGCUGCUGUACUGCGGCAUGUUCCGUGGCCUGCGGCACUGGGAGGAGGCGCGCAAGGCCAAACUGAGGAACAGCAUCCAGGCCUGUCGCAAGCUGCAGGAGGCCGCCGCCGCUUCUCUGCCGCCACUGGCCUCGCUGCCUCCCCCCCUGCCACCCAUCAUAGAGCGGGAGCUGACGGACACUCCGGACGAACCGUCCACCUUCCCGUCUGUGGAGCAGCCCUUCCACUUGUCGGAGUACAAGGACGGACCUGUGCAGACCGUCAGCUUCACAGAGAUCAGGUUCAACCCUGAACCUCAGCGGAGGAAGAGGGCCAAGAUCAACAGCCGGGAGAGGAAGGCCAUGAAGGUUCUUCCUGUCGUUGUGGGUGCCUUCCUGUUCUGCUGGACUCCCUUCUUUGUCCUCCACACGAUGCGAGCUCGAUGUCCGGACUGUGACGUGCCGCCGGCUCUGAUGAGCGUGGUGACCUGGCUCGGCUACGUCAACAGCGCUCUCAAUCCCGUCAUCUACACCAUCUUCAACACGGAGUUCAGGAACUUCUUCAAGAAGUUCCUGCACCGCUGCUGCUCAUAGAACUGCACCGCUGCUACAUGGAACAACAGCUGUGAUUUAGUGUCUCUAGCCUCCUGUACUGUAUGUUGCCAUGGUUUCCUCCUUUAUGAGGUUAUUUUUCUACUUGUGAUGACAGCAGUGUUUGGUCGAGUUUAACGUUUCCCCGAGAAGAAGCUUUCAGCUUGAGGAACAACGGCACGCCUGCGUCGUGUAACUGAUGGACUGAUUUUAUAUGCAAGAAAUCCAUGUUUUCAGAAUAAAAGUGUCAUGUUCACA